ACGCACCGGCACAGGAGCCACUUCUCGGCGAGCACCAGGGACACACGAAGCUUAAGCUUAAGCAGCAGCACGCAGCGCCACCGCCUCUUCGGCUAACCGGGCGCUAGCCGCUAGCUCCUAAAAGUUUCCAGAUGGCGAUGGUGCCGCGGUUGCUUGUGGCGGCGGCGGCCGUGGCGCUGGCGUUCGCGAUGGCGGCGGCGCAGGGCCCGGCGGCGGCCCCGGGGCCGGCGCCCGGGAUCAGCGACGAGUGCCUGAACGCGGUGCUCAACAUGUCGGACUGCCUGACGUACGUGACGAACGGGAGCACGGUGCGGCACCCGGACAAGGCCUGCUGCCCGGAGCUGGCGGGGCUGCUCGAGUCCCACCCCAUCUGCCUCUGCCAGCUGCUCGCCGGCGGCGCCGACUCCUACGGCGUCAGCGUCGACUACAAGCGCGCGCUCGCGCUCCCCGGCAUCUGCCGCCUCACCGCGCCGCCCGUCAGCGCGUGCGCAGCGUUCGGAGUCCCUAUCCCUGCAGGACUGGUGCCUACUGCAGCGCCCUCGCCCAUGUCAUCAUCAGGCCUCUCUCCUUCCAUCGGCCCAGAAGUGCCUGCGAACACGCCGGCCGGCUCGGCCGCGAAGUCGUCGAACCACGCCCCGCGCCGCGUCACCGCCGGCGGCCUCGCCGCCCUCGCCGCGCUGCCCCUCGCCGUCGCGGCCGCCGCCGGGAUGCUCUAGACCGCCGCCGGAGCUCGCGAGCACCAGCGUUUUAGCCCUGUGAUUUCUUUCUCCAUUCUUACCGCACAUAUGGUUGUGCAUUACUAUGAAUUACUAGACACCUACGUACAGACAGUUGCUUCCACGCGCGAGAUUCUUCCGGGUUUGUUGUUUGUUUGUUUUUUCCGUGUAAUAAUUCGUUCCUUUCGGUGUACUGUAAUUUGCUAGAGAUUGUGACCCUGUGUCGGGAUCAUUUUCCACGGGUUGAUGAGAAGACUGAUCGUGACUAAGUAGGCAUCGUCUUCGAAUC